AUGGUUUUGCAGGAGGGCUCUGAUGCAAAGGAAACGAUGGAAACACUGACAUCUUCCGCGCGAGAGUUUCUAGACUUGUGUGAUGUGGAGCAUGAGGACGGAAGCGGCCACUCACUGGAAGCGCUAUCUCCGUCCGAAAUCGACAAGGGAUCAUCCGAUGUAGUCGCUGUGGGUGCACGUAAUCCCAUGGAAUCUGCGUCUACAGUAGAAAAAACAGCUCCACAUUCUGCAGGCGUACCAGAGCAAGAAAGAGGUGGUUUUACUGCCAUCCGAUGUGAGCAAAUCUCGAAGAAUCCAUCCGACUCUGCCGGAACCAGUACAGUUCCUGAAACACCGGAGUCAGUUGUACUGGAAACGCCGCCCGAGCUGUACACAGCGCCUGUGGCUCACUCCACUCCUCGGCCAUGCGGCGGCUCUAUUGGAUUCCGAAUUUACCCGGACGAGGUGCCACCUUCUCUCGCAGCUGCUACUAUCGAACUGGCAAGAAAAUAUUUCUUGAGAUGA